AUGCCCAGAUAACUCGCUAUACAGCAUGGCCAGUGCCGGUGAUGGCUUGAAUAAUAAAGAAAUUCUUGAACAAAGACAUCGAAAGGAAAGAAAGGAACUUCAAAGUAAAAUCCAAGCAAUUAAACGUGGCGUACCAAAAGGAGACAAGAAGCUGAAGAAAGAAGCACAGAUAGAAAUCGCUAAAUUAGAAGCUGAACUUCACCAGAGACAAGAAUUAGAAGAACAGGAAUUCAAACUUUCUACAGAAUCCACUGGAUUGGUGAAUGAGGUUGCUGCACAUGUAGAUAAGUUGUGUGUAGAUGAUGCAACAAGUGAUAAACCGCAGCGGAUAUCCAAAGCACAGAGGAGGAAGAAUAAAAAAGCGGCCAAGGAUAAAGAGCGGGAAAAGCUGAUAGCAGAGGGCGAAGAAGCCAAUAUCCAUGGUCCAAGGAAUGUUGAGGCACAGAAAUUAAAAAUGAUUCUCAAAGAACGAGGACUUGGAAUCAAAGAGAUACCUUCUGAUGGUCACUGCCUUUACAAUGCUAUACAAGAUCAGUUAUAUACACAGGGCAUUGAGAUGUAUACUUUAUCAAAAUUACGACAGCUCACAUCAGAUUACAUGUUAUCCAAUUGUGAUGAUUUCCUGCCAUUUCUCAUCAACCCAAACACGGGUGAUCUGUUAACACAUGAUGAGUAUGAACAAUACUGUAAUAAUGUCACUCACACAGCUGCCUGGGGAGGACAACAUGAGAUAAAAGCAUUAUCACAUGUAUUACGAAGACCGAUAGAAAUCAUACAAGCGGAUGCUCCAGUGUUAACUAUAGGGGAGGAAUUCAGUAAUGCAACAACGCAAUCAUUACUUUUAUCGUAAGUAUAUGGACAUGGUGAAC